AUGGACAAGUGGGACUCUACUUGCUCACCCAACUCCCUUCAGGGACAUCACUCUCCAAUCUGGAUCCGCCUGCCUCAGCUCCCUCUCAUCUAUUGGGACCUUAACAACAUCACUCGCAUCUCUAACUCGCUCGGUGAGCCUUUAUGGAUGGAUUCACACAAAAGCAAGUGGGGACGGUCAUCCUUUGCACGCAUCUGUGUAAAGAUUGACGUCUCUCAAAAGCUACUUUCGGGAGUUUGGAUCAAUGGCAGAUGUUUCCAGCGGGUGGAGUAUGAAGGCCUUACAAAUUUCUGUUUUGACUGUGGCUCCAUUGGCCAUGCGAUAGGAAGCUACAUCCCCAUUGUAGCUGCUAAGGGACCAUCUCCCACGCAGGGGACAGCAUCUCAAACCGUCCAUGCUCAGCAUGGGGGGCUGCCCGUGACUGGGCCAUCUUCUAAACCGGAGCAGCAAGCUACGUCCGUCCCCCACGGUCAAGGGGUGCAAGAGGAGGACUCGUUUGGUGAUUGGAAUCUGGUGACCAAUAAGAGGAGAAACAAACUGAGAGCCCCCACCGAGAAGCCAACCAAAGGAACUAUAAAGGGGGCUGAGCCUCCUCGGUCCCCGCCUCAGCUCUCUCAUGCUGAAUCUCAGCGGAUGGAGGAUAUUUCCAUGAGGAUCGUCGAACCAAGCGGCAAAACAUCUACAGAACAAAGGGUUACCUUCAGUGUCACAAGACCGGAGAAUGAUGCCCCCUCCUCAAUAGUCAAUCUUUCCAAACAACAGCACAAGGUUCCGAUGACUUUUUUUGAGAAGCAGCUACUCCAGUUGGGACCAAUAGCCACUCUGCCCAGGAAGCGGAGGAAGAAUCUACAAGAUGAUAUUGGCGGGGACUUUGUCCCCUUUGAGGAACAAGGAGGCCUUACCUUUUUACAUGUUUUAGGGUGCUAG